CAACCUCCCUUACCUUCCUCUUUACCCCGAGCAUUGAAAACAGGAAUCAUAAUAUCCCAAGAUCCAUCGCCUCCGAACGCGUCGCAUCCCGCUCCUCAGCCCCCCGAUCCCUCGCCGUCGAAACCCGUCCCCAUCAUGUCAGACCACGACAACUCCCCCCGCCACCCCUCCUUGCGCGGCUACCUCCCCCUCUCCGAAGACGUGAACCCCCUAUCUACGCGCGGGCAGUCGCUUCCGGGCCUGAUCCAGAACCGAAGCUCCUCGAACCUCGCGCUGCUGCGCCGGACGUCGGUGUAUCAGCUCGCGGGGGCGCUGGAGGAUGCGGAAGAUGGGCGACCCAGGUCGACGUUGGGGCAUGAGCAUGGCGGAUGGGAGUCGGAGAGUCGGAGGAAUAGUUUGCUAGCGCAGAUGCCGGCGAGUUUGAUGACGCCGCAGAUGAGGAGCCAGAGGUUGAUUGGGAACAGCAAUCCGAGAUAUCGGUGGGAACAAUAUUACAAAACAGAAGAGCAAUUGAAAGGGAUGAAAAGACCAAUACGGAAAUACUACGAACAAAACAAUCAACUCAUCCAGCAAUAUAUCUUCAUCGACCGCCUCCUCGACUCCUCCCUCCCACACAACCUCAUCCAAGAAUACCAACAGUCCCUCACCAUCCCCUCUACCAUCAACGAAGACUCCGGCUCCGCCGGUUCCAGCUCCCCUCCUCUCAGCCGGGACGACUCUUUUCUCCACCCACCGAACGGCGCGGCCGAUGCAGAAAACUCCAACGGCGCAACAAUCCGGGUGAAACGCACGCCGAAAAAUAUCUACAAACUUCCUGAGGAGACGACACCGCUCCUCUCGAGCAGCAAUGACUCCGACGCACCUUUCGAGACCUACAAAGUCCCCGCCUACGAGCCCGGAGAAGAAGCGGAUAGCAACGCCCCAAUCGUCAAAUGGGCGCUCUGGCUCAACAUCGUCGCAAACUUUGUCUUGCUGGUGCUGAAGAUCGUGGUAACGGUGCUGACUUCGUCGCUAUCGGUGUUGGCGAGCUUGGUCGACGCGAUCCUCGACUUCCUCUGCACUGCGAUCAUCGCGUUGACGACCUGGUUGAUCCAGCGGAAGGAUCCAUAUGCCUAUCCGGUCGGUCGGCGGAGGCUGGAGGCGAUUGGGGUGUUGGUGUUCUCGGUCAUUAUGAUUGUGUCGUUCUUCCAGGUCGCAUUGGAGGGGAUGGCGCGGUUGACCUCGAGUGACCACACGAUCGUUCAGCUGUCACUCCCUGCUGUGCUCAUCAUGGCUUCGACGGUUGUCAUCAAAGGCCUCGCCUUCAUAUGGUGUCGUGUCAUCCCGAACACCGCCGUUCGAGCUCUAGCUCAAGACGCCCUCACGGACGUCGUCUUCAACACCUUUAGCAUCGUCUUCCCCCUGAUCGGCUUCUUCGCCAAAAUCUGGUGGCUCGACCCUCUCGGCGGCGUCCUUCUCUCCCUCUACGUAAUCAUCAACUGGAGCCACUCCGCCCUCGGGCACAUCCGCCGCCUCGCCGGGUCCGCCGCCACCGCCGACGAGCGCAACGUGCUCCUGUAUCUCACGAUGCGGUUCGCGAAGAGCGUCAAGCAGAUCCAGGGGCUGAGCGCGUAUCACUCCGGCGACAAGUUGAUCGUCGAGGUGGAUAUCGUGUUGGAUGAGCAUACGAGUCUGAGAGAUAGUCAUGAUGUAGGGGAGAGCUUGCAGUAUGUGUUGGAAAGCGUGCCGACAGUGGAUAGGGCGUUUGUGCAUUUGGAUUACGCGGGUUACAAUUUACCGACGCACAUGGAGCAGCAGUGCGAUUGAGUUGCGAUUGAGUUUGUGAUUUUAUUUUUCUAGAUGUUGCAUUCGGAUUUGGUUCGGCGUGAGUUGGCUACGAUACAUGUACAUACAUAUACCCAAAUGUUUUCCACUUUCAAUGGCUA